AUGACGAGGGCGACGUCAUCUCCAGACGACCUUACCACCCACAACUCAGUUUUACUUAUUGAGGAAGAGCCGAAGAACAUGAAGUCGUACGCGGCGUUCGUGUUACUCGCCACCGCGGCCACGUUGGCUGCGUCCAACCCCAACCAAAGCUACCAGGGAGACGGCUCGGCCACGCAGCCUCCUACAGCCACGCAGCCCCCAGUGACGGAACCGCCCUCGACUACUCAGCCUCCUGUGACGGAAUCACCCUCGACCACGCAGCCCACGCACUCUUCAAGCGGAAGUGAUACCACUCAGGACGGCGGUUUGGAGACCCCGCUGCCGACCCCGCCGCACACUUUGACACCCGAGACGGUUGCGCCGUCGACUACGUCUCCUCCGCUUGAGUCACACGCGGGCAGCGGCGAGCAGACACAACAGGCUUCGACCUCGACGAGUGGACACGACGAUUCUUCACUCCCUGGGGACUUGGAGACUCAGUUGCCGAUAAUUUCUCCUACUUUGGCUCCGGCGACGACAGUUCCACCUGUUGAGCAGCAUCCAGGCUCAUCAAGCAACCCGGAUGACUCUCAGACCACGCAGGACUCGACCGCGGCAAGUGGAAGCGAAGCUGAACAGCAGAGCUCAAACCCUGGAAGUGCUGAUACUGACUUGACUGAGACACCGACGAUUCCUCCUGCAACGACGGCUCCACCCACCGAGCUGCCAGGAUCAGCGAGUGACCACGAGGCCUCUCAAACGUCUAAUGGAAGUGACGCGUCUCAGCAGCACUCGACGUCCGCAAGCGCCGAUACUGAAGUGACACAGGCCCCAACGCUUCCUCCAACUAGUCCACCCUCAACGACAGCUCCACCCACAGAGCAGCACAGUGGCAGUAGCGCUUCUCAGCAGGGAUCGGUCUCUGCAAGUGGAAGCGGAGAAACCCAAGCUCCUAGCCAGUCCUCGCACUCAAAUCAACAGGACGCGACGACGACAGCGCCUCCGACUGAGCAAUUGACCCCAAUAAGUGGCAGCGGCGAUUCUCACGACCAGAACUCAAAGUCUGGAAGCUCAGAAGGCCCAACAAACGAGCCAACGAUUCCUCCGACGUUGGCGCCGUCGACGACGGCUCCCGAGCAGCAAAAGAGUUCGUCAAGUGGCAGUGACGAUCAUCAGAGCUCAAAUUCUGGCAGCGCUGGACGCCCCACGACGACGCCGGCUCCUGCUACUACCGCGCCAAGCACUGAGGCUCCUCCAGUCUCGGAACAGUCGAGCACCUCAAGCAGUGCGAGCGCGUCUCAGCAUGACUCAAACUCAGGAAGUACGGAUGAUAACAAGACGCAGACACCGACGAUGCCUCCUACGGCUACUCCCGUGACAGAGACACCCGCAACAACGACGCCGACUACCACGAAGCCGUCGACCUCAUCAAGUGGGAGUGAUGCUGGGCAAAAGGACGACUCUGCUCCGAGCUCAUCAAGUGGAAGCUAUGAGACUUCUGGAAGUACAGAUGACAGCAACAGCCAGACGACACCGACGAUGCCUCCUACGGUUACCCCGAAGACGGAUACCCCCGUAACAACAGCUCCGUCUCCAGCAGACUCGUCGAGUAGCAACGACUCUACUCAUCAUGACUCUACUUCAGCCAGUGGACACCAGGAGCAGACUCCAAGCGGCGGAACCGACCACGGCCAGGAGGCUCCGGUCGCAACCAUGCCCCCUCCUGUUGCCCCUAAGACGAAUGCUCCAGCGACAAAAGCCCCGUCAGAGUCAACAGACAACGAGGUUACUCAGACGUCCCAGCAGGAAUCGAGUGCUGGAAGUGGAAGCGACGAGACUCAGAGCUCCGAAAGCAAUGACAAGGAGACCCCGUCGCCUACCAUGCCCUCUGUCAUCCAUCCCGCGACGAAGGCACCAGUGACAACUGCCCCAGUUAGCGAGGAGUCCGACUCCUCGAGCGGUAGCGAUGUCACGCAAAAGAUUCAGGUGAAGACACACUCGGAGACGACGAGCGACACCAAGACACAGUCUCCGACUAUGCCUCCUACUGUCCCUCCCGCGACUAAGGCCCCGGCCACGACAGUGCCUACCACCGAACAGCAGUCACGCGACGACGACCCCGUUCAAGAAUCGAGUCUGUCGACACAAGACGCCGACACUGUGGCACCUGAAGACGACGCGGAUAAUACGCACACUGACACCGUGGCAUCUGAACAUGACGCGGAUACUACACAGACCGACACUGUGGCUGCUAAACAUGACGCGGGUGCAAAGCAGACCGCAGUUGGCCACAAAGCCACGGGAGCUACCAACUGCGCGAUGUAGUUCCUUGCGGAAAAUUACGGAGAACCGAACCGUGUUGACUCCAAGUAAGUAAGGCUUACUGUAAGCAUUCUAGAGAUAUACUACUAAUUGCAUGGGCAUUCGUGCCCUUUUU